AUGACAGUUGGCGCGGUGUCAUCUGCUUUGGAUUUUGGGACUUCAGUAGUCGGUCCGUCUUGUUGUCACAUCGGUCAAAAGGAAGUGACUUUGGUUAUCUGUGUAAAUCGGUUCUUCUUCUCAGUUGCGUUUGCAGGUGAUAUAGUUCACCAAGACGAUGUUGCUCCAAAGAGACCGGGCUGUGAUAACAACUUCGUACUGGUCAAAGUACCUGUUUGGGAAGAUGGAAAAGAAGUAAUGGAGUUCGUGGGGGUUGGUGCCCGAUUUGGCCCUACAUUGGAAUCAAAGGAGAAACGUGCCAACCAGACUCGAGUUGCUCUUGCUGACCCUCCUGAUUGUUGUAGUAGACCCAGGAAUCAGCUGGCGGGUGAAGUUAUCUUGGUGCACAGGGGAAAUUGCAGUUUUGUCACCAAAGCAAAUGUCGCCGAAGCUGCUGGUGCUUCGGCUCUAGUCAUCAUAAACAAUGCGAAAGAACUCUUCAAGAUGGUUUGUGAAGCAAACGAAACCGACGUGAGUAUUGGCAUACCUGUUGUCAUGCUCCCACAAGACGCUGGCGCUGCAUUGAUACAGAGCAUCAUGAACUCUUCACAUGUUUCCAUUCAGAUGUACUCUCCACAUCGUCCUGAGGUUGACGUAGCUGAGGUGUUUCUAUGGCUAAUGGCGGUUGGUACCAUUUUAUGUGCAUCUUAUUGGUCCGCAAGGAGUGCCCGAGAAGCAGCUAUAGAGCAGGACAAACUCUUAAAGGAUGGUUCUGAUAUAGACCUCAGCAAGGACACUUUUGGUUCCAGUGGUGUCGUGGACAUAAACACUAAAACAGCAGUUCUUUUUGUUUUUGUUGCUUCGUGUUUCUUGAUUAUGCUCUACAAGUUGAUGUCUUACUGGUUCAUCGAGAUCCUGGUGGUUGUAUUUUGCAUAGGUGGUGUUGAGGGUUUGCAGACCUGUCUAGUUGCUCUCUUGUCAUGUUUGAGGUGGUUUAGCCAUGCUGCUGAGUCGUAUGUUAAAGUGCCCUAUAUUGGAGCUGUAUCGUAUUUGACGCUUGCUGUAUCCCCAUUCUGCAUAGCCUUUGCAGUUUUGUGGGCAGUUUUUCGUCGUGUCUCGUUUGCUUGGAUCGGUCAAGAUAUACUUGGCAUUGCAUUAAUAAUUACUGUUCUUCAGAUUAUCAGAGUUCCAAAUCUAAAGGUGGGAACAGUUCUUCUCAGCUGUGCAUUUAUGUACGAUAUAUUUUGGGUCUUCAUCUCAAAGUGGUGGUUUCACAAGAGCGUGAUGAUAGUGGUAGCACGUGGUGAUGGGAGUGGAGAAGAUGGCAUCCCGAUGCUGUUGAAAAUUCCACGAAUGUUUGAUCCGUGGGGUGGAUACAGUAUAAUCGGGUUUGGUGAUAUUAUUUUGCCAGGAUUAUUAGUCGCAUUUUCCCUAAGGUAUGAUUGGUUGUCUAAUAAGAGCCUGAAAUCUGGAUAUUUUAUUUGGGCUAUGCUUGCUUACGGCUUAGGUCUUCUAACUACGUAUGUGGCCCUCAACCUGAUGGAUGGACAUGGGCAACCAGCUUUGCUAUACAUUGUUCCCUUCACACUGGGCACCUUGAUCACAUUGGGAAACAAGAGAGGCGAUUUGAAGCAUUUGUGGACACGGGGGGAACCCGAUAGGCCUUGUCCGCACGUCCAGCUUCAAGAAGACGAACAAUAA